AUGACAUCAGGCAAAGGAAAAGGUGGUAAAGGAGGAAAAACCGGUGGAAAGCAUAAGAGAGCUCCAACCUCAAGAUCAAUUAAAGCAGGUCUCCAGUUUCCUGUGGGGAGAAUCCAUAGGUUCCUCAAAACAAGAAUGCUCGCAUCCCAAAGAGUCGGUGCUACCUCAGCUGUUUAUACAGGAGCAGUCCUUGAAUAUCUUACUGCAGAAGUCUUGGAGCUUGCAGGGAACGUCAGCAAGGACUUGAAAGUCAAAAGAAUCAGCCCAAGGCAUAUACAACUUGCUAUCAGAGGGGAUGAGGAAUUGGAUACACUCAUCAAAGCAACAAUUGCAGGAGGCGGAGUUAUCCCACAUAUCCAUAAAAACUUACUUAUUGAGCCGAAAGAAAAAACAGUUGAAGCCUAG